UUUAUUCCAAAGGUCUAUUCGUCUACGAAAGUUGGAGGGUUUUUUCGUCGCUCCUUUCCUCCUUUGUACGUCGCGAACACUCGCGUUUUCUCGGAUCACGGGGAGUGAGAACAUUCGCUUUUCCCACAGGAGUCAAAGCUGCCCGGCUUCUCUUCCGCACUUCAAUUUAUUCUUCCUCACCGCGCGCCAGCCAGCUUCUUCACAGUUUUAUCUCGUUUUCAUAUGCUUAUAUAGGCACACUUUUUUAUAGACGUAUAUUCUCGUUUCUCUUGCUCCUUUCUCGUGUACGGCUCGAACCCACACGCCGUCACUUCCGCUGUCUUUUUCCUAUCAUUGAAACCACGCCGGAGACAAUCCGAUGCAAUUCCAUUCCCCUGCUCCCGUGCCUCCGACUCUCUCCCUCUUUGUCCAUCCUCGUAAAAACUCCGCUGCGGCAUGAAACCAGGAAAAUGCUGGACUGAGCAUUUUCUUCCACGCGAUACCCGCGACGUGUGCACUCGAAUAUAUUGCGAUCGUGAACAAAGUUUACUUUGUGCCUGUGUCAUAAGUUUCCUGAUAAAUUACGGUCGCUCAUAUUUUCCGCUGAAUCUGUGCCUCCGUAACGUGGAUAAAUAAACGUCUCCGCGAGGUGCGUCGAAAGUGCGAAAUCUGUGGACUCCCUCUUGAUCAAAGUGCCAAACGUUUUGUGGAAUAAAGUCGGGGUUUUAACAUCGAAGCGCUGUCAAAUAUGAUUCGGCUACGGGAGCAUUCGUCGAAGCUUUGAUCCCGCGAGUGUCUUCAACCUUCGCGAGUACAGAGGGAAUAAAAAACUAAAAGAAAAACUGAUAAAUAGUGAGAAAUAAGCGAUAUGAGCGCGGUGAUAGAGGAUGCUGCUAAAUCACGAGCCGGAGUAUUCUCGAGGGCUUUUGCCAAGCGUGCUCAGCCCUACGAGGAAGCUCUGAAAAGCUUGAGCAGCUUGAACAAAGAAGGUGAAGGAGUUGGCAUCGAGGAUGGAGCUGCAACGCACCCCACCUUGGCCUUAAUGCGUCGCAUCCUCGCAGAUGCACAGGCAAAACUUCGCGUGAUGGUGGAGGAGAACGCAGCGACGGGUGCCCGGCUUGACGGCGAGCUGGAACGCGCCAGAGGCGAAUGUGCAACUUUACGAGGUGAGCUGCGCGACGUCCGAGGGACUCUGGCAUUAAACAACAAUCACACGAGCAACGGAGCUGCCGCCGGAACCGGCAGCAACAACAACGCCACGACGUCGACCGGCGCGAACCCCCCCGGGGGCGGUGGCAACGCUGCCCCCAACACAGCGCAAGAAACUAUCGUCGAAUCUCAACCACAAAUACAACAAGAAGACUCCAAAAGACUCAGCGCCGGAAGCAGUCCGGUCGACAAACGGAGCUCCGCAAGCGACAAGUCGGCCAGCCCGAUCGACAAGGGAACCAGCCCAGUCGACAAAAAGGAUCGCGCCAGCCCGAUCGAUCGACGAGCCAGUCCCAUUGAAAGACGAAAUGGCUCGCCGUGUCGAAGUCCCAGUGAAAAAGCUCGACGGCCUUACGCGCCGGCGUUGGAGAAAGCGCGCUUAGGUGGUUCCGGCGGUAGCGUCGAUUCGAGAUCCGGAAGUGCGAGUCCCGAUCGCGGCUCCUCCACGAGCAGAGCAGCCUUCUUUCAACGUGGCAGCAGCGAUCGUUCGAGCGUUGAGAGAUUGAGGAUCACCACCAAUCGAGACUCCAUUCGUGGCUCCAGCAAGGACUCGAGCGAAAUCGAAAAGGACGUCAAGGAUAUGAUCGACGGUGACGUCAGAGCUGACGAGGACAACGAACCACCCGGCCCCGCUCCGAGCAGCAGACCGACCUCACCGAGCAGCAGCCUUGGACUCGUGGGUGAUCCUGUGGUGGCCUCGAGACUCUCGAAUAUUCAUGGCUCAGUGGUCGUCGGACCUCACGUUGAGCUCGCUAGUGCCCGAAGAUUAAGACUCGAGAACGAGAGACUCGUUGCCGAAGUAGCAAGACUAAGAAGAUUGUUACUGAGCGGCGCUGCGAGAGGCGAGGUCGGCAGCGACGAUGCUGCCAUCGAAGAGGAGACGAGAUUCGUCGCCCUUGAGAUGGAACUUCAGCGAGCUAGAGAAGCACUUCACGAACUCAAGGUCGAUCGGAAACGACUCAAAGCCGAAAAGUUUGAUCUACUCAAUCAAAUGAAAGCACUUUACGGCACACUCGAAGAUAAAGAGCGCGAACUACGUGAUUUUAUACGAAAUUACGAACAGCGGAUGUGCGAAAACGAGGCGACCCUUGGACGCCUAACGCAGCAAGGUGCAGGCUUGCCAGCCGAAGAGCGGGAACGGGAACGAGAGCGCGAACGCUGGAGUCUCCUGAGAGCGGCGAGGGACGAAGCCGAUCGCAGUCUCAGUCUGGCUGCCAGUCUCGCCGAUAAAGAAGCCGCUCUUUCCCACGCUCACAGUACUAUCAAAGAACUUCAACGUCAGUUGUCGGAGAGAGGCGGAAGUGUCGGGGGAAGUGUGAACGGUACAGCGACCCCUGGCGCCGUCAGUAGCAGUGGAAUUGGGGGCGGAAGUGUGAGCGGUUGCGGUAUAAUAAUUCCUCAUCUGGGCUCUCAGCAAGCACUCGUCGGUACGGAGCUUUGCGUGAAUGCGGGAAGCGGAGUUUCCAGCACAGGUGGUGGACAAGCCGGUGAUCGUGGAAGUUGCAGCGCGGACAGCGGAGUCCGAGGCUCGAGCGAUCGGGAGAGUGGUGGUGCAACGAGCGUCGGGGGAAAUCUUUCGGACUCAACGACCGACGGCACGCCGACAAUAACGGUCGAGGGAAGUGGCCUCGACAUGGACAGCAUCUCCGUCGUUUCUUCCGUAGCACCGCCUCACAUGUAUCAAUCAGCUACCACCCCCAAAGACUGCAGUCCGACGUUGUCACCGCUCAACGCCUUUUCAAGAUCGAUGGACAACUCUUCGCUGUCUCGCUCGGUUGAGCAACUCUCUAGCCCUAUGGAAUCCGAGCCUCGGAGAAACAAACAACCGCCCCCCGUCGUCCCACCCUCGGCACAUGCCAGAUCAUCCGCUACCAGGGGUGGCCCUUGGGGAUCUAUCUCAAGAGUUUUCGCACGCUCGCGACACCGGAAAACUGCGAACAAUUCAGCCAGUGGUUUGGCUGGCAGUGGAGCCGGCAGUGGAAACACCGGAAACGAAGGCCCCGAUGGCUUCGACCCUUACAGAUCCUGGUCCCCAUUGACCGAAGAGGGAUACGCCGAAAAACUACGAUUACUCAGGGAGGCUGCCUCGGUACCGAUGGAACGAUGGCGCGCACCCACGGUCCUUGCCUGGCUCGAGGUCGCCCUUGGUAUGCCUCAGUACGGACCACGAUGCGCUGAGAAUGUCAAAUCCGGCAAGGUUCUACUGGAACUGAACGAUGCUGAAUUGGAGGCUGGUCUGGGUGUGACUCAUCCGCUGCAUCGAAAGAAACUUCGACUGGCAAUCGAGGAGCAUCGACAUCCCCGUCUUGUGCGUUACCCGUGCAUAGCGCAACUCGGUCACACCUGGGUAAGCUCCGAGUGGCUUCCUGAUCUCGGACUGGCACAAUACUCCGAGAGUUUUGCUACGAACAUGGUCGAUGCGAGAAUGCUUGAUCACGUCGUCAAAAAAGAGCUCGAAAAGCUCCUUGGUGUGACGAGAAAGUUUCACCAAGCUAGCAUAAUGCACGGUAUCAAUUUAUUGAGAAUGCUGAAAUACGAUCGUCAAGCUCUCGCCGUUCGGAGACAUCAGUGCGAACAGGUUCACGAGGAUCCUCUAGUUUGGACCAACCAAAGGUUUAUCAGAUGGGCAAGAGAUAUCGACCUCUCUGAAUACGCCGACAAUCUCAAAGAUUCGGGUGUUCACGGUGCCCUGGUGGUUCUCGAGCCUUCUUUCACAGGUGACACGAUGGCAACCGCCCUCGGUAUACCCCCGGCGAAGCAGAUGAUACGACGACAUCUAACUGCGGAAUUGGAAGCCCUUGUACUGCCAGCAAGAAGUCAGCUGGAGGUCGUCCCAAGGAAUCAUCCAGGAGCACGCCCGAUGAGCACUGUUAGCGCUGGUGGAAGUUUGGGACGUGGAAAUCGAUCGCUCCACCUUCAACAUCACCAAAGCUCCCUCUCGGCUCUACACAUGGCUUCAGCAGCGAACAACUCUAACACUAUUGACAGACGCCGAUCGAGCCUCAGGUUGUCCUGGAGGAGCUCUCAGGGCUCACUGAGUCGGGCGUUCGGCCUGCGUCCGCGGAGCGAAAAGGCGUCGCCGUCAUCCUCCUCGGACACUGGCAGUUUGGCGAGUCAGUGCCAGUACAUGAGCAGCAUCCGGAGCAACUCGCCACCGCCGCCGCAACUGCCACCAAGACCGAUGACGACGGGCAGUGGAAAGCGGCACCGUCGCGUAAAGAGCAUCGGUGACAUCGAAUAUAUAACGAACGCGCCGGUCAGUACGCCGGUCUGACAGGAGGACAGGCCCCACCAUCCGGGGCCUUACAGAAGUUUGAGCGAGCGUGGUUACUCCUCGUCUUAUUCGUCGUCCCAGUACGGCUCAUAUUCGGGCUACAGCAACGUUCUGGCCUCCGAUUACUACUGUCAAGGGCCAGCGAGCAGCAGCAACUAUUAUCAGCUCCAGGGUGGUUAUUAUUCGCCACAGAGCUCGGGACCUCCGUUCCCAGGAGUCCAGCGAUACGGCAGUUUGGCCGAAGAGGCUUGGCCGGCGACGAGCAGCAAGGAAGGCGACAGUCCUGAAACAGCGGUGAAAACGAGUUCGAGAACUUACUUGGCUUAGCUCGUUGGUAUCGUCGAAUUUUCCAAAAGUUUCAUCGACAAAAUUCGACGCAAAUCCGCUGCCACUAGGAAAACCGAGCAAGACCAAUAGUGCGCGUGAAUUACAAAAUUGCAUGAAAAGUAAACGAGUUGUAUAUUGCUCCUUGCAUUUCGUCAAAGAGGAUCACAUUUUUGUACGGGACGUUGGACCAUUUGUUGCGAGGGCUCGUUUCCUCAGUCGGGUAUAAAUAUCGAGCGUUCAAGGACCACUCGAAUCACGUCUGACCUUCGAAGAAGAGAGAUGCUACUUAUCUGCUUUAGUUUGCAUUGCAACGUCGUCAAAAACUCUACUAUUUUCGACACUUUUUUAGCAAAUGAUAUUACACGAAAUUGAUCAAUUAGAAAACAUUGAAGAAAAAGACUUAUAAGUGUUGUAAAAGUCGAGGGAAUCCUUCGCGGAGAGUGGGAACGACGAGAUCAUUUUCUCGAAGAAUUCAGUUUGAGAGAAACAUUGCGAUCAAUAGUGUCGAAGGGACCAGAUCCGUUGCAGGGCGAAGGACAAACUUUGUUCGAGUUGGUGUGAGAGUUCCUCGUAUAUUGUAUCAUAAGACAAAUAUUCCAAUGCAUUCCAUUAUAUGUAAGUCGGGGAAGAUGAAGUCAUUUUAAAAAUCAUUAAACUCGCCGGAUCGAUCGCCUCCAACUGCGAAAACUGUACGAUCCUCAUAUACGAUGCCCUCGUGUGAAACGUGAGGCAUCGAACAUUCUCGGAGCUUCUGUGACUAUAAAUCAGUUCGAUCGAGGGCGAACGAACUUUUUCGUAACUAUAUAAAGUGCUGAUUCACGUAAAAGGUUUAUCCGCACGCUUUUCUGCUAUUUCUCAGAGUGUGCUUGUUAUUUUGAAAAAAAAAAAAAACAAAACAGAAGAGUCGAACGUCCAAAGUGAAUCUGAAGAUCGUUUGUUUUUUUACGGUUUAAUGUGUCCUCUCAAGAUUAACUCGUCAUCGGGAACAAUUUGUAAAUUAUCAUAAAGUAUCAAAUUGUAUUCGAGAGCAAAUAUUUAUCAUGCAUGCGAAAACUAUGUAGCUGAAAACAUGACGGAUGCGUAUGACGAAUUUUCAUUCGUUUUGCCGAUGCAUCGUAACGAUCUCAGAAUCGUUGCACGUUUAUUCUUCGAUCGAAAGAUAAAGAAAGAAGAAUCUCACGUACAUAAUGCUAAUUUUGUAGAUAAUACUUAAAUUCAUAUAUAUUCUUAGAUAAUACGUCGAAAACCGGUGUGAUUUUAUUGAACGAGCAUUCUUCCAUGCGAAAAGAAGAAGAAAAGCGUAUGUCGAUAUCGAUGCCGAAGUAUUAUCGCCAUUUUACUAGAUAAAAUGCGAAUGAAUACGCGAGAAAGCGACGCUUUACUUUUUGUGUAAAAUAAUUUCGUUCUAUCAAAUUGAUUUAGAAUGAUAAAUACUUGACUGAAUAUACAUGCACACAAAAUAAUAUUUUGCGGUGACAAAGUCAUUGUCAGAUGAAUCCCUAAAUUAUUACGUUUACAAACGAAGUUCUUACGAACGCACGACGAAUGUCAGUGAAAUUUUCUCGAAUCGUUGAAUGUCGAAUUUUGGUUUGAAGAAUAACCAAUUCAAAAUGAAAUGUACAUGUGCUCCAUACAGAAUGUAUAUAUGUUUUUGUGAGCUGUAAUAUUAUUGGACUUUGACGCAAGAAUAAAUGAAUUACCUUGAAGAAGGUGCGAUAUCAAAAA